AUGAAUCUGUUGGUUUGGAAUUGUAGAGGUGCAGGUAAUAAGAAGUUUCGUAGGAAUAUGAGGGAAUUAGUCCAAACUAACAAACCUGAUUUGCUAAUCCUUAUGGAGACUAAGGUCGAGUUCAGCUCUAUGGGCAUGUUCUUUAAUAGGAUGGGCUUCACUGCUUCUUCUCAUGUAGAUCCCAUCGGUAGAAGUGGGGGUAUCUGGAUAGGCUGGAACCCCAUCCUAGUGAAUGUGAGAGUCACUAAGGCUAGUUCCCAGUUGAUCACGGCCACCAUUUCGAGGCAAGACUAUCUUGAUUGGAUUUUAUCUGCUAUCUAUGCUAGUCCUAUUAGUCAAAAAAGGGAUGAGCUGUGGAAUAAUUUGGAAAGAAGUUUCCAAACUAUCACUGAUCCUUGGCUUUUAGCUGGGGAUUUUAAUGAUUUUGCUUCUCUAGAUGAAAAAAGAACCAUGUCUGGAAGCCAAAACCAAAGUCAAGAACAAAGGAGAGCUUGGAAAUUUACUGAGAGGGUGAACAAUUGCAACCUGAUGGACUUGGGAUGUACAGGUCCUUAG